GAGAGGGAGGCGCUGUUCUAGGGGUAGCCGGGCCUACGAAGGGCGCGUUUUCAAAGUGGUGUUCCACGUCGCUCCAGAACAAUGCCAAUAAUACUGAGGGAAAGUAUCCUUCACGAAACUGCUGUCCUAGACGGUCUCGAUGAUGAGCUAGAGAUCUGAACGAAGUCAAAGAACCACCAUGGAGGAAGCAAGGGAGACAGCUGGUGGGAGAGGAGUUGUGAAGCAAACAGGACCGUAGGUCUCAAGAUUUCAGAGGUGGCCGCAGUUCUUUGCAAGCCAACGUCCAUGUUGCUGCCUAGGAAUCAGUUGCUGAAGUGGGGGCACAGUUCAUUGGAAUGAGAGAUAAAAUUUGAUGCUGGGACCCUCCUUCUUAGUACGCACCGUCUAAUUUGGAGAGAUCAGAAAAAUCAUGAAUGCUGCAUGGCCAUUCCUCUUUCCCAAAUCGUGUUCAUUGAAGAACAGGCAGCUGGAAUUGGGAAAAGUGCCAAAAUAGUGGUUCAUCUUCACCCAGCUCCUUCUAACAAAGAACCUGGCCCAUUCCAGAGUAGUAAGAACUCCUACAUCAAACUGUCCUUCAGAGAACACGGCCAGAUUGAGUUUUACAGGCGUUUAUCAGAGGAAAUGACACAGAGAAGAUGGGAGAAUAUGCCAGUUUCCCAGUCGUUGCAAGCAAAUAGAGGACCCCAGCCAGGAAGAAUAAGGGCUGUAGGAAUUGUAGGUAUUGAAAGGAAACUGGAAGAAAAAAGAAAAGAAACUGACAAAAACAUUUCUGAGGCCUUCGAAGACCUCAGCAAGCUAAUGGUCAAGGCUAAGGAAAUGGUGGAGUUAUCAAAAUCCAUUGCUAAUAAGAUUAAAGACAAGCAAGGUGACAUCACAGAAGAUGAGACCAUCAGGUUUAAAUCCUAUUUGCUGAGCAUGGGAAUAGCUAACCCGGUUACCAGGGAGACCUACGGCUCGGGCACACAGUACCACAUGCAGCUGGCCAAACAGCUGGCUGGAAUAUUGCAGGCGCCUUUGGAGGAACGAGGGGGAAUAAUGUCACUCACGGAGGUGUACUGUUUAGUAAACCGAGCUCGAGGAAUGGAAUUGCUCUCACCAGAAGAUUUAGUGAAUGCAUGCAAGGUGCUGGAAGAGCUGAAAUUACCUCUCAGGCUCCGUGUGUUUGACAGCGGCGUCAUGGUAAUUGAACUUCAGUCCCACAAGGAGGAGGAAACAGUGGCCUCAGCCUUGGAGACGGUUUCAGAAAAGGGAUCUCUAACAUCAGAAGAGUUUGCUAAGCUUGUGGGAAUGUCUGUCCUCCUGGCUAAAGAAAGGUUGCUUCUUGCCGAGAAGAUGGGCCAUCUUUGCCGAGAUGACUCAGUGGAAGGCUUGCGGUUUUACCCAAAUUUAUUUAUGACACAGAGCUAAGAGUUUUGUAUUUGAAAUAACUUGUCACCGGGAUACUUGCAUCAUGUAGAGGUUGUAUGACAUUGAGCUAAGGGUAAACCCUGAUAAACCAAGAAUUUACUGGAACUUCGCAGUAUAAUAUAAAACCCUUUUAAUUUCUCCCUAAAUAUUAUGAUCCAGGAAGCUUCUUUAGGAUAAAUAUAGGAAAAUAUAGAAAGAUGAAUGCCAAUAUGAAUUCGAAAUCAUGCUACAGUUGUAUAGAAACCCUCCGAGUUUAACUUGAAAUAUGGUGGAUUUUAACUUGAUCUUCAAAUCUGACCAUUUUUGAAAGAAGAGAAUUUAGUUCAUGGGGGAAGAAAGAGAGAAGUUGCAUGUUUGGACAGGUUAGAUCAUUAUUUUGGUGUGACUAAAAUUCACCUGAAUUAUAAAUGAAGUUUUUCUCUGCAUCUAGUGUGCACAUUUUGGGGGGUUUUCAUGCAACAGUUUAUACCUACAGUGUAGCUUAAGAACGUGACGACAUUGGAGCAGAAUAUCCAACUGCAGGAUAUCAUCUGAGGCUCUUCCUAAGGGCUUUUAGAAGCAGCCAUAGGCAUGUCUUCAGCAGACCAAAUAAAGCACCUUAAAAACAAGAGAGAAUUUUAUUUGACUUACAUAUAUAUAAUCUGACGAGUUUCUUUUUUUUUAAGUGAUGAUUUCAUGGCUGGCAUUUAAAGAAUGCAACUAUGUCAUUUUGUUUUAAAAAUGCUGUAGACUUUGAAAGUGAAUUAAAGAGCUGUAUAGACAUGCCCAGAGAUACGGUUACAGAUUCGGGAAGCAGACGGUUCAGGAUUUCCCUAGGAUUGUUGUGUGGGUAGAGGGACCGGGAGGACCUUCAACUCGCUUUACAGGAACCUUGGUGCUCUUUUACCUCAAAGCCAAGGAUGGAAAAGAGAGAGUGGGAACAUAACAUGUCUCCUUUUCCUUCCCUAAAGAAGGAGUUUCAAUGCUGAACUUUUAAAAUCUUUCUAUCAUAGUCUAGCAAUAUUUUUUUCCUUUACCCCACACAUUAUAAGUUGUGUGGAGAAACUGUCUCACUAAAAAGUAUUACUGAGAUAACAAAAACUGGCUAAUAUAUUGAAUCUCGAUUGCUUGAGUUUUCCAGUGGACUGCCUGACUUUGUUACUGCUACAUAGCGUACGGUAUGUUGGCAUUACCUCAAACUCAGGGACCCCAAAGGGACAGAAGGAGAACCCCUUUCUAAGACUGAAUUGGCAGUGGAAGGUAGUGAUGGGUUUUGGCCAAGCAUCUAGAAGGGAUAGUAUCUGUAUUGAGAGAACCUUUAAGACCGGGAGGUGGGGAUACCCAAGCUCAGACCCUGGGAUCCCUGAGAUGUCCUCGCUGAGAGGUGGAGGGCCAGUGCUGGGGCCACUGCAAGUGCCCUUUGGGGAAGGUCCAGGGAUCCUCAGCUGCAGACCCAGGGAAUCCCUCCAAGUGCAGCCAGAGUCAGUCCCCGAUCCCUGCCUGCUCCCUGUCGCUGCUCCGCACCCUCCUGUGUCACGGGAAUGUUGUGGCCGAGGCAUCCUGCCUUAGCCUUCGUUUUCUGAACCUGUCACUGAUUCCACGUUGUGAUGACAGAUCCCUUAAUUCCCCCAUCGCUCAGCCUCAGGUUUGUUUGGGGGGAAAUUCAGUGUCUGGCUACCUAAGUCUUUAGGGCCAUUGUGUACGGUCGUUUGUAUAUCACUCCUCUCUCUGGGAUGCACUCACUCGCACACUGCCCUGGCAAACUUGUAUGCAUACACACACACACACACACACACACACGAUAUCUCAUACACAUGAUAUCUCAUCUGCCUAAGGCUUUUUAAAACUACACAGAUAAAUAAUCUGUUUCACUAGUUGGAAUGAGUUGCAACUAAGAUUGUUUGAGCUACUGGGUCUGGCUCUAAUGGUCUGGAUUCAUUACAGCAAACUCCUAUAAUUCAGAAUAUUUAUUUACACUAGUGUGACAACACAUGAACAAAAAUGGAGCAGUCUGAAUUGUAUAAAGUGAACUAAAGAGGAAGAAAAGUGACAUGGAUAUAUUUUGCAAAUGUCACAUUAGUUAAAAAACAGGUAUGAUUGAUUUUAUUGUUUUAAAGUGGGCAUUCUUCAGUUUCCAGACCUCUGUAUGUAUAUUUUUAUCCUUUUUUUUUCUUUGUUUUUGCCAAAUAAGGUGUCAUUUUGGUCCUUUGUUGGUAGAGGUUAUGUUUAAAUAAAACCAAUGAGGCCCUAAGUGCAAAAAAGUUCUGUCUUGGUGCUUAUCACUAUUAUAAUAUUAUUUUUGCUUUUCUAACUUUGCUCUUAGGAGCAUAAAUCUGUUUGUAGCUUUAUGGUAAUAGAAUAUUUCUAGUCACAUACUGUCAAAAAGUUUUUUACAUUGUACAAGUGAAGAAUGUUUUCAGAGCUAAAUGAUUGGUAUUAAUGUAUACCAGUCAUUUUGAAAUUAUUGCAAAAUUUAAAAAUGAUUUUUUCUUAACUUGGUGUUCUUUUUAAAUACUCUUUGGAAAAUAUACGAAAAUGAUAGCCCUUUAGUCAGAAUAAGCCCAUGUGUUAAGAUUUUUUCUUUUAGAUUUUAUAAUCAAGAGUUCAUUAUAAAUAUUUAUGACCUCAAGCUCCUACUAUUUUAGUUGUCUUAAAAGAAUGGGAAAUGGCUCACAAACUUUUUUUUUUAAAUUCUUGACGUGAAUUCCACUGUCGAUUGAUUGUGUAUAUUUGUGUGAGUGUACUAUCCCUUGUUCCCUGUUACCAGACUAAACCGACCAGCAUUUAUCAUGUCAUCAUUCUCAUGCUCAGAUACUUAAAAUGGUUCUCCUUUGCCCAACAGUCUCAGAGUUUCCAUUGUGGUAAGACAGAGUCACAGCUCAGAAGGUGGGUGGGUUUUAAGGGCUGUGCUAAGGAUGGAAUCGAGCAUGCUCAAAAUGAUCCUUGAAAAUCUCUGUAUAAUCUUACAAUUCGAAUGUCUGUAGAGUGAUACAUGGGUAUGAAUAUUUUAUGAAUAUAGUAAGUAAAAUAUAUAAUAAAAAACUACAUAUCAACAGUAGACUUUUGUAGUACCAAUAAUUAAAACUAUUUAAAUGUGUCUUUUUUUCUUUUUUUUCACUUUGCUGAUAGGUAUGGUUGAAUUUAUGUAAAUGUAUUGCUAAUCCCAUCCCUUAUGACAGAUCGUAAGUGUAAGCUCCACAGGGGCAGAGAUUUUUAUCUGUUUUGUUCACGGAUGUGUCCUCAGAGCCUAGAGCGAGGCCUGGCACCCAGUAAGCAUUCAAUAAAUGUCUACCGAAUGAAUGACC